AUGCAGCUCUCCUUCGUUACCGCCUUCGCCCUUCUCGCUGCUGGGGUCUCGGCCGCGCCUGCCCCUGUGGCUGAAAUUCGUACUGCUCAAAUCAAGUGCCCUAUUGUCGAAUGUUUGGCCGCCCUUGCGCCAACUGUCGCUAUCUGCGGUGUCGCGGCUGCUCAAGGUGGCGCCGACGUCCCCAACGACGUGGUCUGCCUCGCAUCCGCUGCGAACUCGGCUGUCAACUUCCCCGACAGCUGCAACCAGUGCGCGGACGAGCUUGGCGUGGACAUCCCCGACAUUCCGGGCACCCCCAAGGCCUAA